AAACCCAAAAGUUUUCCCAGAUACUUGCACACUCCAGUCCAGUAUGAGGCGGAAAAGCGCCAUAAGUUGUUUUGCAAACCUCCAUUAAACACGAGAAGAUGGAAGAAGAUCCCGCAGUUGGAGCUCUCAGUUCAAUGUUCAUCAUGAGAGAGCAGGUGGAUGUGAUCUGCUGUAAAUCAGUAGGAACUGAUCUGUCCAUGCUGGAUAUUAAUGAUUUCAUCACAGAAAUCUCUCAGCUGAACAAAGAGGUGACGUCACUGAAGAAAGAGGUGACGUCACUGAAGAAAGAGGUGACGUCACUGAAUGCAAAGCUGAAGGAGAGAGAACUCGUUUCACGCUGUACCUGUUUUGAGCGAGUUAAAAUUGAGAUUGAGCUGGAAAAGGUUUCCUGUCAAUCUUCAGUGUGUGUGACUGAUGGGACCUCCACAGAAUAUCAGGAUUCAGUGUGGAGCGGCAGAGAUCAGUCCACACCACAGCGGCUGCUGGACAAACUCUCUGAACAGAGAUCCAGAGACACACAGGACUCACAGCUCACUUUACUCUGUUCUACUGAUGCUCAGGAGAGUGUGUGUGACAGUAAUCAGGGUGAUCAAACCUCCACAGAGUCUCUGACUUCUGUCUGUAACGCUGGAGAACAGCAGAUGCUGCAGACACCAGUGAAGAUUGAAGUGAAGCAAGAGGAGGUAAAAGAAGAAAAUACAGCAGAGGAACAACAGAGUGAUGAAGAUGAUGAUGAACAGCAGAUGCUGCAGACACCAGUGAAGAUGUGUUCAGUGAAGCUGCUGGACUGCAGAAACCUGAUGAAGAUGAGAGGAGAAACCACAACAGAGGAACAACAGCGAGAUGAAGAUAAUUUUAUUCCUUCAGAGCUGAUGGAAGUGAAAGAGGAACAUCAAGAGCUGAAUAAAGUUGAGGAGAAACUUCAGUAUCAGAAACAUCAUGAUUUAAUAACUGGAGAAAAAUCUUUGAGUGACUUAGAGACUAAGAAGAAUUUCUCACUAAAGUCUCAAAGAAGAGCAUCAAAAAAUACUUUCACCUGCUCUCAAUGUGGAAAGAGUUUCACAUAUAAAAGAGAUCUUAAUGUCCACAUGAAAGUUCAUACUGGAGAGAAGCCUUACUUGUGCCAUCAGUGUGGGAAAAGUUUUUCAUGUGCAGGCUAUCUCAAAGAUCAUCUCUGCUUGGAAAAACCAUUUGAAUGUGAUCAGUGUGGUAAAACAUUUGUUGUGGCAACAUACCUAAAAACACACCUGAAAACUCACACAAAUGAGAAGUCUUACAAGUGUUCUUUUUGUGGAAAGAGUUUUGCAUGCCUGUCCUAUUUUAAAGAACACCAGAAAAUACAUAAAGGCAUGGGUGCUCCAAUGUGCUUUGCAUGUGGGAAGACCUUUACAACAGCCGGCAACUUGAACAAGCACCAAAGAAUUCAUACUGGAGAAAAACUUUACAAGUGUUCACACUGUGAAAAGAGUUUCACUCAGUCAGAAAACUUGAAAACACACGAGAGAAUCCAUACUGGAGAGAAAGUUUACAAGUGCUCACACUGUGGAAAUGGUUUCACUCUGUUACAAAGCCUGAAAACACACGAGAGAAUUCAUACUGGAGAGAAACCUUACAAGUGCUUACACUGUGGAAAGUGUUUCACUCAGUCACAAAACCUGAAAACACACAAGAGAAUUCAUACUGGAGAGAAACCUUACAAGUGCUCACACUGUGGAAAGAGUUUCGCUCAGUCACAAGACCUGAAAAAACACGAGAGAAUUCAUACUGGAGAGAAACCUUACAAGUGCUCUCGCUGUGGAAAGAGUUUCGCUCAGUCAUACAACCUGAAAAAACACGAGAUAAUUCAUACUGGAGAGAAACCUUACAAGUGUUCACACUGUGACAAGAGUUUCGCUCAGUCACAAAACCUGAAAACACACGAGAGAAUCCAUACUGGAGAGAAACCAUACAAGUGCUCACACUGUGGAAAGAGUUUCACUCAGUCAGAAAGCUUGAAAACACACAAGAGAAUCCAUACUGGAGAGAAACCAUACAAGUGCUCAGACUGUGGAAAGCAUUUCACUCUGUCACAACACCUAAAAAGACAUGAGAGAAUUCAUACUGGAGAGAAACCAUAAAAGUGCUCUUCGUCUGGGAGGAGUUUCAGCACAGCAAGUCAUGUAGUUUCUCAUAUGAAAAGGUGUUGCCCAAUGUAAUCACAGAGAGAAGUCCUUCUUCCGUUACAAUGCUUCAAGUAAAUAGUUGAAAAUUCAGAUAAUCCAAAAGAUGGAAUUUUUUCCAAAAGGGCAGCAUCAUCUAAGAAGAGUCAUUUGCUUAAAUCACCUGUUGUGGUGAAGUUUGGCCUUGUUCAAAAUUGUAUUAAUGACACAAUUCCACCUGAUAUUAAGAUGGUGAUCCGAUCACAGGUGGUCUGCACUAAAUACAGGUGGAAACGGGGUCCAGAACAUUUAGUUAUCGAAUCACUGAAAACACAUACGGAGGUAGUGAAAAUGCAUAUGACCACAUCGCAUUGAGGUGUGAAAUGCUAAUCUGUCCUGAAUGCAUCUCUGUCAGCAGUGUCAGUCAGUUAAACUGUGCUCUUAUGUGCGACUUUAAAAGGAAAUAACCAUCCAGUCAGAUUAUUUGAAAAAGCAAACAUAUAUACAAGCACAAGAACUUCAUGGAUCUUCUACAGAAGAACAUGAACAUCUGAAACUCAGUUUAAUAAAAUAAAUAGAAUUCUGAUCUGAAUGCUACAGUUGUGCUCAGAUUACAUUUCAGCUGCAUCUUUUUUUCGUGUUGUAUUUGUCACAGUUUGUUACAUGCAUUUUAAAAGUUUGAUUUCAGUCAGACUAAAGCAAUAAUAUAUAUUUUUUUAAAUGUCAUGUGAAUGCGUUAGUCAGACAUAAAGUGAACAAGUACGUUUUUUGCAAAAUUGAAUGUAACAGACCUAGAUAAUGUGAUUGUAGCUUUGCCCUGUCGAGCAUGUAUAGACCUUAUUCACAGCAGCGCCAUCUUUGAUUUUUGACGGGCAUUAUAGUGAAGCUGUGAGUGAUAAGCAUACAGUCUCUUCAAUGAGCUGUACUGCAGUUUAAAGUUAUAAGGAUUGCUCCGUGAACAAAAUGUUGAAAAAAUUACUUUCAAAGACAAACAGUAGACCAGAAACUCAAGACAACAUGAGUUGUGGAAGAUCAGAUGGGAUCUUGGAGGUUUAUACAGCUUCAUACUGUGCAUGCCAUUGAAGAGAUGGUAUGUCUAUCCCUCACAGCCUCCUUUUCAUUCCUGUUAAAAAUUAAAUAUGACGCUACACAUCAAUCGGACCACAAUUGGCCUGGACAUUAUUGGCAUAUUCUGAAAAGAAACAGAGGUGCCGCACAACGUAUAUUUAACCCAGAAGUUGAAUGCAACGCAAAGCAGAGAAGAAGAGCAACAGCACAGGGUGUUUAAUUCAAAGUGAUCAUCUCUAUGCACUGUAGUGUGUUGCCUUCUUGAGCAUCAAUGAAUGUUUGCACCUUUUGUAAUCGUUGUGUAUUUUGAUGGAGUCCCUCAAUCAAAAAAUGGAUGUCGGCAACAUAUAGCCACUGUUGGGAAGAACUUAAUUGUGCAGAAGAUGCUGGCAAACCAAAAAAAGUGCUUUCUUAAAGUUUUCUUAAAGGUGCACUCAGUAUGUUUUUGAAGUAUAAUGAGGCUUACGCUGACACUUAGUGGCCUGGAUGCUGCAUCAUUCAAACAGUAGUUUUCAUUUACCAAGGCCAUUGUAGAAAUUCACUAUACACAGUAAACCAGGAUUAUUUUAAUCCAUGAGUGAAAAGAGUCCAAUAACAGGGCGGUUAAUGAGAUAAUAUCAUAAUAUCAUGUGAUGCUAACAUUACUGCCCCCACGAGGAGCCCCCACCCCAUUUAGAAUAAAAGUGCUUUUAUAAGGUUACUGAUAUGACUGAACUCUUCAGCUCUCCGGACUGACUUACACCCCCCCCCUUCCUGGAGGGGUCGAGUUUCUCCUUUGGCCAUUCCAUCACCGGCUGGUCUUCCCUGCCUCCUGGAUACCUGGGUAGGACAAUGGGAGGGAAAGGGAGAGAGAAAGAUAGUGGGAGAUACAGAGAGAGAAAGAGAGAAAAGAAAAAACUCUGGUUUCCGACCAUGCCGCCAUUCGGUCCUCAGCUAGCUGUCCAGCGAUGCUUCAUGACGCCGGGCGAUGGAACUGGAUUCUGCCUCCUGGUGGAUGGCAGCAACUCCUCAGUCCUCUGGUGGACGGCAACGGCUCCUCCGCUUCCUGGCGGAUGGCAGCCGCUCCUCCAUCUCCUGGCGGACUGCUCCGGUACCAUCAAACCACACCUCUCCUCGGCAUCGCGAUCCUCCAUCAGUGGCUCUCUGACGGCACGUCUUCCUCCAGUCCCGGGUUUCGGCACCAGUGUGGCAGUUCGGGAAAGGAGGAAGCAGAUUUACAAUCAAAUUUUUUUAAAUUCAACAUAAAACACUGAACUGAAACAUAAAAGUGCACACACAAAACACUGCUGCAUGCAUCUCUCUCUCUCUCUCUCUCUCUCUCUGUCUCUUUCUUGCAUCCCCAGCUCCUCCUUUUGUCUCUCUCCCACUGAUUGGACAACUUAGCGCCGGGCGUGAAUCCUCUCGGCCCGGCCAUGCCCCCACUCCUCCUCACAUCUAGGGGUGUAAGAAAUAGGUCAAUAUUUAAAACUUUUUUUUUUACUAAAAAUGUUCACUUCCAGCCAUUUGAAUUUAUAAUGGUACAUUUUAUUUUAACAUGGUUGGCAGGGAUUGGAUAAUGCUGGCCAUUAUUUUUAAAUCUGAAUUAUUUAUGCUAAUUUGUGAUUGGUAAAAUAUUUAAGCACUGGCUAUUGCUUGUUUGUUUGACAGUGCAAAGAGAGAACAUUGAUAUUUUGUUGCCAAAGUAGAAAAAAACAUUGUAAUAUAAAAGUCAAAUAAUUUUUAUUUAUAUAAUUUGUUGUGCAUUUCCCAAUACACAUUGUUCCAAAGCAGCUUUACAGAAAAUCAGCUGUAAUGUCUGUAAUGCGCAACUUACCACACGCCCCAUUGAGAGAGAGAACCACUAACCACUUCAUAAAUACCAUAAUUUAUUAUUUAAGACUAGCUACACUGACCUAACCACAGUAAUGAAGAGCCAUCCAUGGUCUUACCUGUGCAUAUGUCAUUUAAGUUUAGCAAUUUUUUUUUAUUGAUUUAUUUUUCAUUUUCACCCCAAUUUGGCAUGCCCAAUUCCUAAUGCAUUCUAAGUCCUCGUGGUGGCGUAGUGACUCACCUCAAUCCAGGUGGUGGAGGUCGAAUCUCAGUUGCCUCCGCGUCUGAGACUGUCAAUCCAUGCAUUUUAUCACGUGGCUUGAGCGCGUUACUGCGGAGACCUAGUGCGUGUGGAGGCUCACGCUAUUCUCCGCGGCAUCCACGCACAACUCCCACAUGCCCCACCGAGAGCGAGAACCACAUUAUAGCAACCAGGAGGAGGUUAUCCCAAUGUGACACUACCCACCCUAGCCCCUGGGCCAAUUGGUUGCUUAGGAUGCCUGACUGGAGUCACUCAGCAUGCCCUGGAUUCGAACUUGUGACUCCAGGUGUGGUAGUCUGCGUCUUUACUUGCUGUGGUACCCAGGACCCCAAGUUUAGUUAAUUAUUACGUUUUCCUUCUGUGUAAUAUAUAUUCUGUUUGAAUGAUGUUUGAAAUUUGAAAAUAAACAGGAUAAUUAAUAUAAUGGGCUCAUAUAAAUAAGUAGGCUCUUCAAUUUUUAAAAGGGGGAGAGAAAAAUACCUGUAUCUUUUGUUGUUGACAUCAGCAACAAAAAUAGUAUACUUAAUUCAUCCCCUUAUACUUGAAAACCAUUGAACAAAACUAAUACAGGUUACGUUUUUUUAUUAUGGUGGGUCACCACUUGAUGUCCAAUGUAAAAUCUGGAUUCCAAAGCAAAACCAGUUUCACUGAUCUACAUGAUUACAGCUCUGUGGAAAUUAAAUCUCACUACACUGUUCAUGUAAAAUUUUCAUGGGACAUUCAUGGGGCAAAAUACUGGUGUCACAAUAAACAUGAAAUUGUUUUGUGCCAGAUGACAAUGAGAGAAUUGAUAAGAUUUAUAUGGCAUUUGCUGCCAGAUAGAAUGCAGACACGCUGCUCACUGUAAAACAAUACAUGUCAGCUCUGUCUGCAGGUAUUUUAUUAGUCAGCUGCUAUAAUCUAGAGACCAACAAAACAUUAAUAAUUCUGAUGCCGUUUGGGAUGUAUUCUGUAAUUGCAGCAAUGUAUUAUUUAUUUAUUUAUUUUUUACAUUCCUGAGAAUAUUUACUUACUCCAAUUAACUAUUUGCCUUGAUCCUAUUAAACAACACCUAAACCUUUUACAACUGUGGUUUAAAAUGGAAGAUUACAUUCAUGCAAUGUUGGUAGACUCGUUUAUUUGUUCUCUGUUUGAAAACAUCAGACGUUGUCAAUUUAUUUAGCCUAUUAUUAUUGUAGUUAUAUUAAAAACGUGGUAUGUGAUUAUUAAUGAUAUAUAUUUUCUCGUAUUGUAUAAAUGUAUCCAUUUAUACAAUAAUUGGUAUAAAUGGAUACAUAUAUUCAGAAAAUGGAGUAAACAGCCAGAAUUUAUGUUAUACAUACCUAUUGCACAGCAAAAAUCACAAAUAAAUGCUGAACAUAAAAUUAUAUGUUAUGCCAUUAAAAUAGGGCUCAAUUUAAAUUCUUUUUACAUGUGUCUCUCUUGAAGUUUUGUAAAUUUACUGUGUAGAUCUUUUAGAUCUGUGUAGACUGUGUAAGUCCAGGAGGAAAGUCAAGAACUGAAUGGAGGAAGGCAAAGAAUUUCUCACCAAAAAAGCAUUAAAGAAGAGCAGCCAAUAAAUCUUUCACCUGCUCUCAGUUUGGAAAUGUUAACUUAAUAUUCACAUGAGAGUUCACACUGUAGAGAGACCUUACACAUGCCAUCAGUGUGGAAAGAGUUUCAAACAAAAAUAAUCUCUUAAAGUGCACAAAAGAAUCCAUACUGGAGAGAAGCCUUUCUCAUGCCAUCAGUGUGGGAGAUGUUAUGCAUAUGUAAACCAUUUCAAGAAUCAUCUCCACUCUCACUCUGGAGUAAGGCCAUCUGAAUGUGAUCGGUGUGGUAAAACAUUUGUUCUUGCAGCAUACCUAAAAAAUAAUCUGAAACUCCACACAAAUGAGAGGCCUUAAAAGUGUUUUUUUUUUUUUGUUUGUUUUUUGUGUAAAGAGUUUUGCACACCUGUCCAAUUUGAAAGACCACCAGAAAAUGCAUACCGGUGUUGGGGUUCAUAUGUGCUUUGAGUGUGGGAAGACUUAUACAACAGCCGUCAACUUGAAACAGCACCAAAGAGUUCAUACUGGAGAAAAACCAUAGAAGUGUUUGCAUUGUAAAAAUACUUUCACUUGGGCGAAUAACUUUAAACAUAAUGACAGAAUCCAUACUGGAGAGAAACCAUACAUGUGCUCACACAGUAAAAAGAGUUUCACUCAGUUAGAAAAUCUGAAAACACACAAGAAAAUCCAUACUGGAGAAAAAGCAUACAAGUGCUCACACUGGAAAGUGCUUUACUCUGUCACAACAACUAAAAAUACAUGAUAAAAUUCAUACUAGAGAGAAACCAUGCCACUGCUCUUCAAUGUAGCAAGCAGUCUCGAGACUCGUGUGAAAAGGUGUUUUUGCAAAGUAAUCACAGAGAGAUGUCCAUCCUCAGGAACAAUGCUUCAAGUAAAUAGCUCGAAAUUCUGAUAAUCCCAAUGAUGUAAUUUCUUCUAAAAGAGCAGCAUCUAAGAGAUGCAUUUAUAUUUACUGUGUUUAUUAAUUUUUCAUUGUCUUUGCUGUUGACUGAAAAGAUUUUCUUACACUGAAAGAGUGCUACCUGUCCACAACUCACAAUGUGGAUUAGAGUUUGACUGAUUUAUUGGUUUUGACCCAUGGUUUUCAAACUGGGAGGUGUGCUUCCCCAGGGGGCGUGUGGUCAUGUCAGUUGAGGCAUUGAGAAUGAUGAUAAAUUCACAAAGUAAGAUUGAAGGAUAAAUAAAUGUAAUAAAAAUGUAUUGGUAAGCUAAAUGAAAAAUACUUAUACUACUGCUAAUACAGGGCUAGAUCUAGUUAUAGCUGUGCAUUACUUGACUGACAGACAGCUUAUGUGUGUGUGCUGAACAUGCUUGUGUGCUCUGAAAACACUCAGAUAUGCGCCUGAACAGUCAAAUACACUUAAAUUGCCCUUGUUGGUAAGGUAUUAAUUAGGGCUGCAUGAUAUGGAGGAAAAAUGUGAUGUGAUACCAUAAUGCUAUGACAUCAUUGAAGCGUGAGGAACAUUGGAACACCCACCGUUCAAACCGAAGGUUAUUGGAAUAAAAAAGGACCACCUAUGUAUGAGAUUACAAACAUAGUUGUUUACCAAGUAAGGUAAUUUUUAUUUGUAUAGCGCUUUUCACAACACACAUCGUUUCAAAGCAACUUUAAAUAAAAUCAUGCUUUAACAGAAAAUGUUGUGUAGUUUGAUUAAAUAUGAUUGUAAAUUGUGUAUAAAAUUAAAUAAUAAUUGUAUUUAGAAUCCCUGUGAGCAAGCUGAAGGUGACUGUGGCAAGGAACACACAACUCCAUAAGAUGUUGGUUAAUGGAGAAAAAUAACUUUGGGAGAAACCAGGCUCACUGUGGGGGCCAGUUCCCCUCUGGCUAAACUGCAUGAAUAUAAUGC